UGAAGAGUAAAGCGCAAUGCAGAUGAACAAAGAAGAAGAAGAAGAAGAAAUGGAAGAUAGUGGGUUAAAGAAUUUGGUAUGGGAAGAAGUGACAGUGACGACAAUGGCAGACACUUACUACAAAAGCUUCCUAAUGAAGAAGCCUGCAAAUUGCAGGAAUUUGCUAAAUAGAAUAACUGGGUUUGCUUUACCUCGUCGAAUUAUGGCUAUUAUGGGUCCUUCUGGUUCUGGCAAAUCCACUUUGCUUGAUGCUUUAUCUGGAAGGCUUUCACCCAAUGUAAUAAUGUCUGGAAAUGUUUUGCUGAAUGGAAAGCAAAGGAGAAUAGGCUGCAAAAACAUUUCUUAUGUCACUCAAGAAGAUUUUCUCUUGGGGACUCUGAGUGUCACAGAAACCCUCACAUACUCAGCAAAGUUAAGGCUUCCUGCAAAAUAUACAAAGAAUGAAAUCAAAACAGUAGUAGAAGACACAAUGAUGAAGAUGGGAUUGCAGGAUUGUGCUGAUAAAAAGAUUGGAAAUUGGCAUUUGAGAGGAAUAAGUGGAGGUGAAAAGAGGCGACUUAGCAUUAGUCUUGAGAUAUUAACACAGCCUCAUGUGAUGUUUCUUGAUGAACCAACUUCUGGGCUUGAUAGUGCUUCAGCUUUCUUUGUCAUUGAAGCUCUGAGAAACAUUGCUCUUGAUGGAAGAAUAGUGAUUUGUUCUAUUCACCAGCCUAGUAGUUUCGUCUUUGAUUUGUUUGAUGACUUGUGCCUCCUUUCAAGUGGAGAAACCAUCUAUUUUGGAGAGGCAAAUGCAGCCAUCAAGUUCUUUGCUGAGGCUGGAUUUCCUUGUCCAACAAGAAGAAACCCUUCGGAUCACUUUCUUAGGUGUAUCAAUUCAGAUUUCGACAAGAUAGCUGCGAUUCGAUUACGAUCACAAAAAGAUCUUGGAUCUCUAGAACCUUCGAGUUCCCAAAUCAAUUUGAGCACAGAAGAUAUCAGAGAAAUUCUUUUCCAAAAAUACAAGAAUUCUGCAUAUUCAGUAGAUACAAGAAAACGAAUUCGAGAACUUACCCUUUAUACUGAAGAGCUUGUGCCUGGUCCGAACAUGAACAACAUUAGUUGGUGGAAGCAGCUCUGCACAUUAACUAAUCGUUCAUUCACAAACAUGACAAGAGAUCUAGCAUAUUACUGGAUAAGAAUCCUAUUUUGUGCCCUAAUUGCACUAGGUGCUGGAAUUAUGUUCUUUGAUAUUGGCUUAUCAAAUUCAUCAAUCCUAGCAAGAGUUAAAUGUUACACAUAUUUUUAUGACUUCUUGCUUUGCUUGUGCGUUGGAGGCUUACCCUCUCUCAGUGAAGAAUGGAAGGUAGUGUACUAUGAAAGAUACAACGGACACUAUGGAGAGGGCGUGUUCGUGCUCGCCAAUUUCCUCUCAUCUUUUCCUUUCUUGGUGAUGAUCACUCUAUCAUCUGCAACUAUAAUCUUUUACAUGGUGAAAUUUCAUAUGGGAUUCUCCAUCUAUUGUUAUUUUUGUAUCAAUCUCUUCUGUUGCCUGUCUACUAUGGAGAGUAUAACAAUGAUUGUUGCAUUACUUGUCCCCAACUUCUUGAUGGGUAUAGGAGUUUCAUCUGCUGUAAUUAUGCUUUUGACGAUUGCAUCUGGACUUUAUAGGCCAUUGGCUUAUCUUCCCAAGGUUUUCUGGAAAUACCCAAUGAGCUAUAUCAGUGUUACAGCAUGGGCUGUGCAGGGUCAAUAUAAAAAUGAUGUGAUUGGACUUGAGUUCGAACCAUGGGUGCCUGGAGAAUUAAAGCUCAAAGGUGAGAGGAUACUUGAGACAGAUUUAGGAGUGAAGUCGAGACAUUCCAAGUGGUGGGAUUUGGCUAUUCUCUUCUUCUUAUUUCUAUGUCACAGGUUUGUUUUCUUUAUGGUACUAAAGUACAAGGAAAGAGCAGUGUUGUUGUUGCGCAGGCUCUAUGCCAAGCAAAGUUUUCAAUCCCAAAUCAAAAGAAUUUCAGAUUCUUUUAGAAGGGAAACUUAUAGCUUCUCUAAGAGACACCAACCUCUCCAUCCAUUGUCUUCUCAAGAAGGCCUUGCAUCACCACUGCCUUAGCAUUGAUAUGUAAUUUUUCAAAUGCUAUGGUAGUUAGGUUUGUAAAUUAAUUAAGGAUAUAAAUGAUAGGAAAUAAGUUCAAAUCCAUUCAUCUACUUUAAAAUUGGUUUUCACAUUAUUCAUUUGCUAAAGGGGAAUUGCAAGUUCACUGCCUUCCAUCUAAA